AUGGUCAUGAACUUGACGGACUUAAAAACGCACAUGGGUAGCGUUUUGGAACCUUUGGAUCAUAAAAAUCUUGACUUGGACGUACCAUACUUCAGCGAUGUGUGUUCAACAGCAGAGAAUAUUGCUGUGUACAUUUGGAAGUGCUUAUCAAAACGUCUGCCCGAGGGAGUUUUGUUUGAAGUAAAAAUCGACGAAACUGGCAAGAAUUCUGCUCGUUACAGGGGUGGAAUGAGCGCUAAUCUCCCGUUUGACGUAUUAUAAGCACAAGGAAGAUUGUCAACAUUAACAGUAGUAUAAUUAGAAUCGUCAUUGUUGUUGAUUUUUUUUUCAUGGUAUUCAGAACUAAAUACUAUCUGAAAACUGCGUCAGCAACAUCCGAUUUUACAACUUUUUCAUACAGGAUACUUCUACCUCCUAUGUCGAUAGAUAUCACGGCGAUUCAGUUAAAACAUUUCACUUUCGUUUUGUUGAAAGUUUUUAAAAGAGCUUAGAUAUUUACAUCAGCAGUUGAUUGGGGUGUUAUUUUGAGAUCAUGGAAACAUGCUGGUGACAAUUCAGAUGUUUAUGUGUUAUCUUAUGUAAAUACCAAAAAAGUCCACUAGUACUCAAAUUACUUAAAUUAUAUUAAAUAAAUUAUAUUAGAGUAACUUAAAUUAGACGAACUGUUAAAGCAAAAAUGGGAUUGAAAGUUCACUUAUAUAACUUUGAUAUAAAAUAUAGAGGAAAAUCUAAUUUAUACCAUCUGUGAUGAGCUUUAUGAAGUGAUAAUUUUUUCUUGGGUAGGAAAUUUUUAAAAAUGCACACUUUUCUUUUGAUGCACUAAUCCCUCUAAAUGAGAGAAAUCUCAAAUAUAUCUGAUAUGACUUGAGAUUUUCAGUUAGUGCCAUUUUUACCAUGUGCAUGUACCAAUUAUUUAUUUAUUUGUUUAUUUAUUUAUUAACUUUGCCUUACAACAACAAUCAAAAUAAGUAGAUUAAAAAAAAAAAAAAACAGAGAAAAUGACAAAAAAUGGCAGGGACACUGCAACAGCGUAGCCAAUUACAGAGGUCCCAGAAUAUAAAAGAAAAUAAGACAAGAAGAGAGGAGGAAAGAAGCUAUCAAUCUAUAUUCAGCAAGUAAUCUUAGAAUUUAGUGGACGGACAGUAUUACAUUUUAAACAAAUAGACUUGAAGGUUUCGGGAUUAUUUGGAUUGUAAGGAAGAAGUAAACUGGCCAAAUAGAAGUUGAACAUUACGGUCUUAAAUGAGUUCAGAGUUUGGGUUUCAAUGUUAAUGAUACUGGCUGAGUUUUUCCAAAUCUGACAAGUUCUGAUAAAAAAGGACUUUUGAUAGGUAGUAGUUUUGCAUUUUUUAGGAACAAAUUUGAUGACAGUGUUAGUGUAGCGCAUGGUUCUUGCAACACGCUUUACAGGUAAUACAGAACCAUUUAAAGAGACAAAGUUAAGCAUAGCCUUGUAGAAGAAUAUAAUGUCCAAAAAUUUGUGCCAAUAUGUGAUUGGUAGAAUUUUCAGUGAUUGGAGUUGUGUCCUCUAAUCUAUGAAUGUUGAGAAUGGCAAACAUAAGAUGAACUUUGUGGCAUGUCUUUGGAUGGAAUCUAACUUCGAAAUUAGUUCAAUGGAUUGAGUAGUCUUUCCUUUUGUUGUAGAAGGAUUUAUUUUAAUUCCAAAUUGAGGGUGAUUUCUUUAAACAUUUUGAGUGUUCAAUUGAAAUUUGCAAUAUACAAAGUGAUUUUUGCAUAUUCAUGCAAAAAUUUUGAAACUUAUGUCAACCUGAUGGACCAACUAUAGUAUACAGAACUUCUGAAGUAUUAUGAUUACUGGUCUUUGAGAUACUCUUCAUAAUGAUUAAUUGGUUGAAUAAAUAAAAUUUUACAGUAUUGAAGAUGCUGUGGCUUUAAGUUUUCAAGCUGGGCUCUGGGCCAAGUGGUUUGGGUUUGACACCUGUAAUGUUAUUGUGUUGUAUCUUUGGGGUGAGACACUUCACUCUCAUAGUCUUCACAGUGUCUCUGUUGUCUUUAGCCAGAAGUGUAUUUAAGUAUUGGUGAACUUUUGGGAAUCCUGAGAAAAAUUUGAGGGAGUAGUCUGUGAUGAACUAGCAUCCCACCAAGGAGAGGGGGUGAGGGGGAGAGGGGGGGAGGAUAUCAGCACUAUCAGCUGUUUCAUGCUACAGAAACCAGAAUUAGCUUCAGCAGUGUGGGACUCAUGGAAUGAGUACAGACUUAGCUUUUUAUGCCCUAGCACCAGUAUGCAUGUACUCCAAACUGUUUUCUAUUCAUUUUCUACAGUGCUGACAAGGAGAAUUUGUUGAACAAUCAAAAGCUUCUGUAGUUGGUGAUCAUGUUCUUUAUUCUUGUGACCUUAAUGAUUCAUUCAGGGGUGAUAUGGUAACAAGAAAUUAGAUGCUAGUCACUCUGAGGGGUUAAAGGGUUAACCAGUACCUUAUAGUAAAGAAGGAUGGGAUGUGUUGUAGGUCAGUGGUUAACACUGGAUAUUGGAUAGAAAUAUGUGGGAGGUUAGUUGGCCUUCAAAAGAAUAAGGUCUUAAUGGAGCUGGACAGCAGAAAAAUAAACUUGAAUGAUGCUGUAAAUUUGGUUAAAACAUAUAUUGAUGAUCUGAACCUCCACCAUAAACCUACCCCUACAAAUCUGCAGCAACUGAAAAAUAAGAAAUUGUCCUUCUCCUAAGAAGGCCUUUAACUUGAAAAAGUUAAGAGGGACUUGAUGUUCAGGAAAAUUGAUUUAUCUCAAACAUUUUUUUCUAUGUGAAAACUGUAUCAUAGUUGUGUGGAACAAGGUCACAAAUUUGCUGUAUAAGGCACUUUUCUGCAGAAAAACCAGCCCAUUCUUUAAGGUUUUGAAGUCAAUAAAAGUGCAAACUUGUUAACACUUUAACUUUCUACUUUCAGAUCCAUGUCACUGAUCCCAAGCACAGUUGGGAGAAGACUUUUAAUUUUGACCAUGUUUUCCCAAAGGAGGCCACAAAUCCAGAGGUGCGUUGGUUUAAAUUUUAAACAUGAUACAGCUGAUAUUUUGUUUUUUGAGAUACAGAUAGAAAAUAUCUUUAGCAUUCAAAAAAAGUUUUUGAAAACUUGUUAAACACGAUCUUCAAAAACUUGUUUCCAAGGUGUGCAGUACCAUAAGCAGACCUUUGGUGAAUGCUGCUUUGAAUGGAUUCAAUGGAACACUCAUGGCGUAUGGACAGACAGGAUCAGGUAUGAAUUUUGAAUUUCUCUUGUCCUCUUUCAUGGGUGUAACUGGGAGAGGAGGGGUGGGGGAAAACUCGAUAGUGCUCGUAUCCCCUCCCCUUUAGGAAAUGAUUUUCCUCUUGGUCAACAACAUACAAGCCUGAUAAUUCAGGUGAUGAAAACGCUUGAAUACAAAGAAUCUGCAUGGCAUAAAUUUAAUCUAGUGUUAGAUUCCUCAUAUGCCGGUCUCCACCACCGCGUGAAUAUGAGCCCGCUGACUCAUAGGGUAGACCAGCUGUAUAAGGUACUUCACGUAAGGUGCACGUAAUUCGUAACCGUAACCCGCCCUUUUAAAAAUCUUUGCUAUGCCCGUGUCUUUGUUGUAGAAAUUAGAUUUACAAUUUUCAUAGACGUGCCCUCAUCAUUAUUCCAGGUAAGACCCAUACAUUGAUGGCACCUGAUGGGAUAACAGCUGGUGUGGUUGAAAGAUGUUUCAAGCGAAUCACAAAGGAUGAUUAUCAUGAUUACAAGGUGACAGUAAUAUUGAUCAAGCGGUAACCUCAAAAAGUCAGAGUGACCUAGUAGACCAAUUAGAUAUCGAAGACAAUUAAGGUGACUUGCACCAAAGCGCGGGAAACUCAUAAGCGUGGGAAACACGGCACGGGAAACAGUAAUAUUUAUUGAGUGGUAACCUCAUAAGCCAGAGUGACCUAAUGGGCCAAUGAGAUAUCGACGACAAUUAAGGCAAAUUGCGCAAAAGCGCGGGAAACUCAUAAGCGCGGGAAAAUACAAAUAUUUAUUGAGUGAUAAUUUCAUGAGCCAGAGUGACCUAAUUAACUAGAAUGGUUUUCUUAGUCAGAUGAAUCGAUUUAAGUAACGAAAGUUGAUUUCAGAACGUAGCCCUCAGCAAAAGGCCUCGGACAACAUUUACUUGACAACAGUUUGCCCCAGCAUUGUUAAGUUGCUUUGGUUAAUGAAAAAAGAUGUAUUUGCUUGAAUUGACAAUAUCGGUGUUACUUUGCAGGUAACAAUGUCGUACUUGCAAAUUUACCAGGAGAAAAUAUAUGACCUUCUCAACUCAACGAACAAGGUGGAACUUAGCCUGAGAGAACACCCAGUUAAAGGUUUGUGGACAUAUACAUCGAAAAAGAUACACUUUUUGCGAUCCAGUGCUCAUCAGGUUUCCCUAAACUAGCCCUCACCGACUUAAAAAAGAGACUUGAAUAGCCAUCGAACAGGUUCUCACUAUCAGUGGUGAAGGACGCACGUUCCCCCCUCAAGGCCUGCUUUCCCGCCGGUGUAGAAACGCUCGCGCCGAAGCGAUCAUGAUAUAAUGAAGGCCUGCUCGCAGACUAAAAAUUAAAGGACAUCAAAUUUCCAGUGAAACGUUUUUUAAUUUUUGGUUUUCAAUCCUCAGGUGUUUAUGUAGAGAAUCUUACGGAGUUUGUGGUACGAAGCCCCUCAGAAGUGUUACAUCUGUUAGCUGUGGGAAAGAAAAGGCUCGUAUUUGCUGAAACUAAGAUGAACAGGAACUCAAGCAGGUACCACUCAAUAUGAGUUCCAUUCCUUCCAAUGUUGAUACUAAGUUCAUUGCAAGAGUCAAAAGGUAUUAAUCGAUAGAUCGGGUUACCAACUCGGGAAAGGUUAUCCUUUUUAUUUUAACAUUUUCCCCAAGUCAAAAAUCCUUAUUUUACUUUUAAUUUUAAAGAACUAAUCAUUUUCUUAAAAUCAAGUGACAAAAACCUUAUUUUGAGGUUGUUCACGGAAAAGCCGGCUUUUUAGUAGAUUCAGGUUUGAGAACGAUUAAUUUUAAAAGAAUAGAAUUAUUUUGUUUCACCUUAGUGGUAUCGAAUUUAUGGUCGUUUAUAGAUGAUGGCACCAUGCAUGAGUACGAAAAGUGGUUUUCUUUUGCUUCCAGGUCCCAUUCUGUUUGUCAGUUGACGAUUGAAAGAACUCUUAACAAAAAUAAGAUGAACGCAGAGGGAAUUGCUAAACAUGGUAAGAUUGUAUUCUUCUCCACGUAAGGAAAGCCAGAGAUCACGGAAUCACUACUAUAAGAUCUGAAAUCCCCAAUGCAGCUUUCUUGACUUAUCAUGACAAAGAGUCCAAGAAACUGUCCAAGAAAGAAUCACUUUGGUUCAUGCUUUUAGCUGUGCCUAGGCCGAAAUGAUUGUAUAUACCUGGAAAGUUUGAAGAGCACUUAAAUACUAGAUUUGCUCUCAGCUUUGCCUCGAGCCACUCUUACGCCUCCAUUGUGCUCUUAAAACCUUCCCACUUGUGUCCAUACCUCGAUAUACAAACGCUAAGCAUGAACCAAUUGGAUCAAUGUCAGUAUCUGAACAACUGUGCACCUACCCUUCCCUUAACCCAACGCUAACCUUAACUUGUUAUCAGUUGACUUUUGUUGGAUUUGAGGAGGGUUAGGUGUGCAGUUACUCAGAUAAUUAGAUUGAUCCAACCAAUUCUUAAGUACACAAAGUAGUUUUCGUCGAAAGCUCGAGAAAAAAUACGAGACCAUGUCUUAAUAUUGGCGCAAGGUUUUUUAGAAAACGCAACCUUGUAAUUUCUGUUUCUUUCUAAUAUUAAUUAUGUACAAGUAAUUAAGGGACAAAAUGUCAUUUUAUAGGUGCAAAUGGACGAGAUUCUCGGGAUGGUCUGGUACCAAGUAAGAGCAGCAGUGAGGUUUGUAAUUUACAGUUAGUAAUUUAAUGUCAGUAUCUGAGCAAUUGCACAUCUUCUUGUCUUCCAACCCAACGUUACCCCUAACUUGAUAUCAUCUGACCCUUAAUUGAUGUGUAAAGGGAUCUGGAGGGGUAAGUGCGCAGUUUCUCAGAUGAUAACAUGGAUCGAAAAUACUUAACAUUUACAAGUGAACACAUUCUACUUUUCCUAAACAGGAUUCAGGGGAAGAUUUAGAUGCUGAGGCUAGCGAAGAGGUAGGACUGUUCACUUGAAUUAAUAUCUGUUUUUAAGAAAACGUGUGGGAUUUAACUCAUAAUUGCGCUGAAAGUUUCUACUGCGAUGAUUUUAGUCACGAUGCAAAAAUCACCUGUGCGUAUUUUUUUGCAAGCAUAAAUACUACUGCUUUACUAAGAUCAGAAUUUUGUAAUUUGUCUAGAAUGAAGACGCGGAAGACGAUUCGUUCGCCAAAAUGGUGGCCUUUGAUGAUGAUGUGCUUAUCAGAGGACGAAUUUAUUUGUAUGUAUACUACAGUACUUCAAUUUAGUCGUGAUUUUUACCGGAUGGAGCAAUUAAUUUACAGAUCUAAUUAUCAGGUGAAGGAAUGCCAAAACUAACACAUCUCUGUGAAAUUCGCAUUGGUUCUUCUUACAUUGAUCUGUAAAUGGUUAACAAAAUUCGCGCCAUCUUCUCAACCAAUCACGAACUGAAACCAAUGGCGACUUUUCCCGCGUUUUAGACAAUUUACUUUGAGUUCUUAGUUUCUCUUCCUGAUAUUUAGGACUCAUUUAUCUCUGUUUUGAUUGACCAUCAGGAUAACUUCUUACUACACUGAAUAAAAAAGCGCUCUAUAUUGCUUAUUGAGUCAAUAACACUUUGUUGUACAUUUAGGUGCGACUUAGCCGGUAGUGAGCGACUCAAGAAAACCCAGGCGGAGGGAGAAAGACUAAGUGAAGCUCAACAUAUUAACUUGUCACUGCUUGAGUUGGGGUGAGGAUUUCUUUGUUAAUAUAGCUAAGUUAUUUAAUGUUAGACGAAAAAUAUAGAAUUUUCCAUGUAAGCGUGUUCGCGAAAGCUGGUUGAGCCUGCCCUUUUUAUCGGAGGUGUCGUUCGACAACGUGUCGUGUUCCAUAACGACAAGCAACGUGGAACUUUUGAAAUGUUCGUGCUUCUCUCGACUUAGCUUGGAAGAUAUUCGAUCGUGCUCCGAAAGCGAACAUCUUCUCGAAAAAAGAGAGGUAACCCUCAUUCUCAUCCUACUCAUUCUUUUCUGAAUAGGAUUCUUUUCUGAUUAAACUUAAGACUUGGAGUAAGUUUUAUUCUAUUGUAAUUGCUCUUAGAAAUGUCAUCCAGGCACUGGCAGAAGGGAAGAAGACUCAUGUUCCAUUCCGGAAUUCUACUCUAACAAGGCUCCUUCAAGAAAGUUUGGGUGGAAACUGCAAAACCAGUUUAGUGGUAAGUAUUAAAUCAAAGCAAAUGACAGAAUUUACGUAUAGAACCGUGCGACAUUAGGCGAAAGCGUCCUAAAUUAUACGAGAACGUCUGAAAUCGCUCGGAGCCCCUCCAUGUUUGAUAGGAGAAUUUCGAUAAUGAUCGAACAACGUCUGAUGUGAAAUGAUAUCGUGAUUAGUAGUCAUUCAAGAACCCUUGUAUAGCUUUCUUUAUGUGAGUAAGUCGGCGAUGGUAGGAUGGAUAGACACGAGCACACUGUUUGCAAUGUUAAUGAGAACCUUCUUAGGUCAUAAUAUGGCUUACAAAUCAUGGCUUGAAAAAAAACAAAUUUCCCUUUAACAGUGAAACUGAAAUGACGCGCUCAUUAAACAUACUAUUUAUGAUUGUGUCAGGUGUGUGUCUCUCCAACCAUGAGUGACGUUAGUGAGACUAAAAGUACUUUGUUUUUUGGAUCCCGAGCAAUGAAGAUCACAAAUACUGCUUACAUUAACGUUGAGGUAAGAGUUAUGUUACAAAGAAUCAUAUGCGUUGGUGUAUUGUUCCGUUUAGACAGUGAAAACUGCUUAUUAGAGCGCGCUACGUCAACUUUACCUUGUACGAGAACGUAGUCGCCAUUGAACGAGAAUUUUUUUGUGGUGCAUACUUAAUGACUGAACGUGCAGGUUACAAAUCCUUUAGCUUGACCUUCCAAGUUCUUUGAAGAGUUCUUGACUUUUCAGAUGAGAAAUCCAAUGUUUUAAAGAUGUACGGAUGGGGAGGAGAUCAUGGGAAACUUUCCAAAGACUUGCAUUUCGCGGCUCUAUUGGGCUAAUUUUCCCCGACUCAGUAUCAAGACCCGAUAAACAACCUUUUGAAUGAUAUAUCUUCAUUGUCGUCUCUUAAUGUGUUUCCAUGUUCAUCAACAACAAAUCCUUAAUCUCUUGAGACGUCACGUAAGGUCAUUUUCUAUUCUUACUUUCUAUCGCGUCGAUGCAGAGCUUUCUUAAAUUCUUUUCCACCUUUUAUUUACACUGCAGGUUGAUUACAAGAGACUUAGUGAAGAUCUCUCGAAAAUUGUGGAUAAGAGAGGUAAACUCGGAAAACGUUUAUUUAACUUCAGCCAGUUUCUCAUUCAGCACAAUUUAACUCUGCCAAUCAGAGAGAAGUUUUUUUACCACGUGCUAAAAAUUAACCAGCGAACCAAUCAUUGGCACCCAAGAUGGCUCAAGCUCUCGCCCAAUCUCUUCUCUGAUUGGCUGUGUGCUUGAGUGCCCCGUAUACUUCACCGGGAAUAAUUUUAUCUCAAGGAUUCUAAUUGUAAAUAGAUAAUAGUUACGAGUGCUUAAAAACAUAAAAUUGAAGCUAAGAUAACCAUUUCUUAACUGAAACUUUUUCCUUGAAGAAAAAGAUCUUGAGGAUCUAAAGCAAACAUUCGAAAACAGGAUAGACCGACUUAAACACGAGGCGGAGAUGACAGUGACAAAUACCAUAGCAGAGGCCGACAGAGUGGUGGCAUCUGUAAAGAGUCUCUACGAAAAGGAGGUGGAUAAUAUUAUUACUUUACAUCUUUAGUCUGGUUUGGGAUGACUAUUGUUUUUCAAAUGGUUUGAAAAGUUGGAGAUGUAAAGCACAAAGCUGAACUCUUUGCAGCCUCAAGGUUUCGUAAAUUUGCUCGUAAAGCUGGUGAUAACAACGUGAUCUGACAACUGAUUCAGUAGUGGUGGCCUCCAGACUGUAAAUCUGUGUCAGUGUUCUCAAUCUUUAAUCAUACCUUUUCCAUUUUGGCCACUCCCUUGUUAUUUGGUGUAUGUCUACACUGUCAAGCUAUUAUGUUAUAAUUAUUUCCAUUCAAGGCGAUUCUUUUUGUCGCUGAAAUUACUUAUGUAUAAGCUAUCGAAAUGCAGCUUCAACUUUACACCCGAAACGUGACGUACACUCGAUCUGUGUUGUGCGCGUGCUUACUAUUCUGUUCCAAACCUUUUUCAAAUGAACAAAUAGAUAUCGCUGCGAGCUCUGCUAAAAGGGAAGGUGACACGCCUCAGCUUCACGUUUGAGAGCGGAACAAGUAAAAUUGAUUUCACUAAAAAAAAAAAACGAGUUCUUAAUUGUGUGAACUUCACAAAUUUACCUAUCGUUUUAUUUUCCCUCUUCAGAAAUCUAGUUUGGAGAGCGACGUCAAAAAUCUCAACUCCAGAUUAGACGAAGAGAAAACGCAAACAGAAAACCUACAAAGUCAGAUAACAAAGGCAAAAGGCAAACUACAAGAAGACAUGCUCAGAGCAAGAAGCACUCUUCUGACAGAUAUUAUCUCUAUGCAGCUGUUUUACGCACUGAAGGAUCUGCCCUUAGACUUUGGUCAUCACCUCUCGGAAAACGACAUAAGUCUCAAGGAUAUCUGUGCCCAAUGGGCUGCAACAAAAUGCAAAAUUCUGGAAAACACAGACUUACUUUUAGACCUGCUUAAAAGUUAUUUGAAUGAGAUGGAUUCUAAAGGAGAAAAAAUGUUGGAGGAUGGUGGAAGUCUGAAUUGUUUCGGUUGGAUGUGA